UUGAAAUCAAAAAAUUUUCACUGAUCGUGAAAAAAAAUCAGCGAAAAACAAUCCAGCCUUUUAUGAAUCUGCAAUGGGACGAAAGUACAAACCACGUUUGAUACCCGAACAGGAUCGUAGAAUAUGUGGAAGUAUUUGUUUAUGCCAAUUCACAAUUGUGAUUAGUUGCGUUGCCUUGGUCUACCUAAGCGUGGCGAUAUACAUGCCAUCCCAUCGCGCGUUUAUAUCUGGAAUCGAUCCGACUCCGGUGAUGUGUCAAACGGUCAACACAACACUAGUAAAUUAUUGCUCUUGGGCAAGUUGUGGUGAAUGGUGUUUGACAAAGACUACUGGUUUUUGUCCCCAAAUUCAUUCAUCUGUAAGAAGGAAUGGCAGUGACAUUAUUUUCGAAAAUUGCACUAAUUCCGCCAGUGUUUUUUGCCCUCAGGUGAACCUUGCCGCUGUAAAGAGGUACAACUGCAACAACGGUAGCGAGUGCAGUAUGUUGACAGGGGUAUUUAAUUGCAGUUUAGGUCACUGCGCAAACAUCAGUGAAAUGAUGCUUUGUCAUUAUUUAGCUGAUGGAGUUACAGUGGAUGCAGAAAAGGACAAUAUGAAACUAAACGGCCACUUUAGCUGCCAAAAUUCAAGAUGUACGAGAAUUCGGAAAGCCUUCUCGUGCGAUCGCUACUGUCCGAAAAUUAGUACUUCAAAUGUAAACGUGUUCCUAAUGCAAAACGACAAUGUAAUUACCGCAUCAUGCUCUCGUGCUGUAGCCUUGAACAGAGCCAACGGCAACUUACCCGGUACUAGGCUUUCGACCCCUGAACAAAUCUGGGACUAUCGCAGUGAUCCUGUCUUUGCAAGCUGUUUUCUCGUAUCCAGAGAAGGAAGCAGAAUCAGAACGGAAGACUGUGUAAAUGGUACAAAGUUGACGGAGGCUCUUAUCCCGCAGCCUUUUACGAACUUUACAACAUUUUUAAAGCUCUAUGAAAAAAGCCUGGCAAAUCCUCUGGAUCCUACAAAUGUAUUCGUACCAGCCCAACGUACCCUCACGAUUUAUAAUUCUUCCAGACUUUAUAUCAAUCUCGAGGGUUGCGUGAAUACCCUCAGAGGCGAAUGCCGUGAAUUUUUACAAACUCAUGGGAUGGAUGGAGAUAAUGAGACUGCUCAAAGCAGAUAUCCUUGCUUCUAUAACAAGAACGAUUCUUUUUUUGUGGUGGCUCGCUUCGAUUUGAACAAGACUCGUACAGAGCUUUUGAUAGCAGUUAUAGUACCAUCAACUUUGUUCAUCAUAAGUCUCGUGAGCCUUGUAGUCAUACAACGUUCAGUGCAGGUUGGGGACGACGCAAAAAUGAGAUGUCGAUGUUGCUCUGAUAAACAAGAAAAUGAGGGCGAGGGCGAAGGAUUAGUUGCUGGAUCUUCAGCACCCUACCAAGAUCACGUCAGCGAAAAUGAGGUCAGGACGGUAACGCUUUAG